AUGCCAAUCGGAGAUCUUCUCGCCCAAAUAAGUGGCGACAAGUCACAAAGCACAUCGCCUGCGCCGUCAAGGCCCCCCGUCGCCGCCGCCGCGAAACGGAAAGCCGAUGAUGAUUUGCGCAGCGCAAUUUCAAAUAAGACACCGCGAACGAGCACUGCAUUGCCUAGCUCGUCGUCGGCCUCGAAGCCUGCUGGUGUCCCAAAAUCCGCCACCCGAGUUGUAGACAAGCCGACGACUACAACAACUGGUUAUCGAGGUAGCGCUGCUCGGCCUUUAGAUCGAACAUCGUCGACAUCCAGACCCCAGGGAAACAGCAACAUCACCUCGAAGCCCAGCUCGUCCAGUAGCCGACCACCUAAUGGAUCUAUUACUUCCAGGGUCUCAUCUACGCUUCCGAGCCGACCCUCGCCUUCGACUCCAGCUCCUGCAAAGGAUGGCCCCGCUCCGAAGAAGGGAUCGUUUGCUGAGAUAUUAGCACGUGCAAAGAAGGCACAGGAGUCUAUGGGCCAGGUUGGCAAAAUCCAGCAUAAGCCUGUCGAAAAGGUCCUCACUAAAAAAGAGCGGGAAGAAAUGGCAAAGGAGGCAAAGAGGGAUGCCAAGAUCGCUACAGCCAAGGGUGCGGCGGCAAGACAGCCGUCGAAAUUCCAAGGCACUGCUCGACCAUCAUCUGGUGCUCCCCAACGUAAUGGCAGCGGUACUAGUGGGGCCGCGAGGAAUGGAACAGUUGAUAGAGCGAGAGACCCCCGAGCUGCAGCAAAGGCACGUGCUGCCGAGGAGGAGCAAGAGAAGAAACUGAAGAAGGCUGCUGUGGCCACUACGGGAUAUACGGGUACCGCCCGUCCCAGACCUGGUGCAACUUCCAACAAAAAGAAGCCGGCUCCAGGAGGUGCUCUUCUUAAUGCCCGGCCUGCACCACGCUAUGGCGGCUCCGCCAAACGGUCACGCUAUGAGGAAGAGGAAGAUGAGGACCUGGACGACUUCAUUGAGUACGAUGACGAUGAAGACGAAGGCGGCCCUCGAUAUACAUACGACUCGGAUGGCUCUUCAGACAUGGAGGCCGGCAUGGAUGACGUAUGGGAGGAGGAGAUCAAGGCCGAACGCGUGGCUCGUAGGGAGGAUUUGGAGGAAGAAAGAUUAGAAAAACGCCUCAAAGCUGAGAAAGAAGAGCGCAAGCGCAGGUUUUGGGAACAACAACAGCGAGGAGGACGGCGGUAG